AUGGGACCCUUUAACUCUUCGGUAUCGCUCCAGUCGAACAGCAGAGGGCGCUGGAGUCACGUCUGUGGAGGCACCCUCAUCUCCCAAGAAUGGGUCCUGACCGCUGCACACUGCAUCAAUGAAGUCGACGACUACAGAGUGGAGCUGGGGAAGCACAGUCUGAAGGCCACUGAGGAAGGCUCCGUCGCUCGCAGUGCAACCAAGAUCAUUACUCAUGAAGGCUACAACGUCCUGCUCAGCCGGAAUGACAUUGCUCUGAUUAAGCUGUCUUCCCCUGUUGCUUUGUCUGAUACAAUCACACCUGCGUGCCUUCCAGAGCGGGACGUCGUCCUGCCACAUGGGACCCCUUGUUUUGUCACUGGCUGGGGGCGUCUGUCAACCAACGGUCCUGCAGCUGACAUCCUUCAGCAGGCUCUCCUGCCUGUCGUCGGCCAUGAUGUCUGCUCGCAGCCCGACUGGUGGAAUGUCCUGGCAACUGAGAAAAUGGUCUGCGCUGGAGGAGAUGGCAUCGCCGCAGGCUGUAACGGAGACUCUGGUGGCCCUCUGAAUUGUCCGAACCCAGACGGCUCCUGGGACGUCCACGGCGUCGUGAGCUUUGGUUCUGGUGAGGGUUGCAAUGUUCUGCAGAAGCCCACGGUCUUUACGCAAGUCAGCUCGUAUGUUUGGUGGAUUAAACAAGUAAUGGACACCAACUAAAGAUGCCGCUGAUAAGAACAGCUAGCAAAUGUAAAAGAUGCACCUAGUGAAAUGUAAGGACAUUAAAAUUUAAUAUUAAAAAUAGUAAUGUUCUAAAUGUACAAGAAAUGACCACCAAACCAGGUCACAUUUGUGGCUAUAUUUGACUUCUCCACAGUUUAUAAAAGGAGAUUAUUGCAUAAUUUGGUGAAAAAACAUCAAUAAAAUACACCGGGCGAGUCCCAGAUA